ACAUAUAGUUAAUUGGAUUUGCGAUCGGUUUCGGUCGAUAAAUUGCUCAAUACUUCGUGUUGUAAUAUUUUACGUAAUAGUAUAACGAGGAGCUCUUAAUUGCAACGAGAUAAAAUACGUACGCCCCAAGUUUACGCGUAGUUACUCUAGACACACGAAAAUGUCAACGCAAUUUUUUGAAUUUGUAGUUAAUUUUAAAGAAUGAAAAUAAUAGAAUAAUUAACAUGAAAUAAUGUUGAUAUUACUUCCUAUGACAAUUUCAUCGACAGAAACACCAAGAAAUCGAAUAAAUAGAUGAAAAUGUGUCGGUCAGAAUUUUGAAGGAAUCAACAGAAUGGAGGAUCUGAAACUUAAAUUCCUUGGUCUCAUUAAUAAACAGAAUGUCACCAAGGUUCCUCUCAUGGGUUUACAUUCGGAUCUGCUCGAUCCGCCAGAGUCCCAAAAAUUGGAAGACAUACAUUCAGAAGCCGACCAAUCGACAGAAAGCGAACCCAUCCCUGAUCAAGACAUCUUAGAAUCCAUCGAGGAAAUUUAUUUUAACACGGAUCAUAGCUUUGAUUCUAGUAGACACGAGCUCGAAAAGUUACCAAAGAUCUUACAGUCUAAAGAGAUCGAAAAGUGUUACAAGAAACUGAAGCAGCAGCAUCAAGUAGUUUCCAAGAAAGUUUUACAACUUAUUUUGCAAAAACAGAACGCAUGCAAAAAAGAAUUCGAGAAAAUUUUACUGAUACAAGAGCAACUGCAAGACAUACUAAAAAUAUGUAGAAUGGGAAGAGCAGACUUGAAAUUAGCUGAAAAGCAAUUUACGACGGCCAGCUUAGGAAUAUUAGCGAAUUAUCAAAAACGACAAAUUGUGGAAGAGUUGUUAAAUAAUUUAAACACUAUAAAGACAUUGCAACGUACGGGAGAUCGAUUACAGGAGCUUUUAAGUGAAAAAAAUUAUCCCAGAGCAAUCUCGUUGCUUUUAGAAUGUCAAAGCGCCGCUCAGACAUAUAAACAUUUUCAUUGCAUCGCUGCUUUAAAUGGAAAAUUACAAGAUAUUUUAGAACAAGCAGAGGAAGCAUUGGACGUUACGCUCUCGAACAUGUGCACACAGUUCGAUGUAGCGAUUUAUACAUCGAUACAAGAAGCAUAUUCUUUGUUAGGAAAAACUCAAUCAGCGAUAGACCAACUACACAUGCAUUUCACCGCAGCGAUCCAUAAUACCGCCUUUGCAGCUGUUCAUUCGUACGCGGGUGGAGACACAAAAAGGCAGUACAAACAACUCUGUCAAUCGGUGCCUCGUGAAAGUUGCAUCGCUUGUUUAACCGAAUUAUGUAAAUCGCUCUGGACGAUAUUAAGCUCCUACUACCUGGUAGUAAGUUGGCAUAAUACGCAAGAAAAUAAAGUUAAAUUUGAUCCCGACGUUAAAGAUUUCGAAGGGACUUUCUGCAAGGAAUAUGUAAAACAUAAAUUAGGAAACAGUAUGAUUCGAAUAUGGCACGAUGUUGAAAUGAAAAUAUCGAUAUUUUUAAUGAACACUGAUUUAACUUACAUUAAAUUCGAACAGUUCGUUCAAGUUCUUGGUAUAGUUAACAGAUUAAUGGAAAUCGGAGAAGAAUUGUGUGGUUUUAAAUCGGAGAAUUUACAAGAAUCUAUACGAAAACAAUCGUUAUCAUAUUUUUCUCAUUAUCACGCGUCGAGACUAGACGAACUCAGAAUAUUUUUAGAAAACGAUGGGUGGGAAUUGUGUCCCCUCAAAUCUAACUUUGUAGCGACUCAAUUACAGGAGUUCAAAAGUUUGAAGCCGUCGUUGAAUAUCUGUAAAGUAUGGAAUAGUUUAGAUAACUCGAAUGUUAGCGAGAAUGAUAGUCCUAUAGGAAUAGAAUGGGUUCAAAAAUAUUUAGAAGGAGGCGUGUCUCCAUUUUCCAUAGGUUUAGACGAUACAAUGGACGAAGAUAUUUUGGUAAAAAAUGAGGAUAAUCCACCAGGAUACUAUUCGGAUGAAUCCGACGAUGACAUCCCCGAAGAAUUGAAACACGAUUUCGUCGAUGACUCGGAUCACAUUAAAACAAAUAAAAAGAAAUGCAAAUUGAAACAAUCAGGACCCAUGGUCACGAACACCACCUUAAGUAUAUUGCGUGUGUGUGGAAAAUACCUACAAAUGUCCAGACUUCUGCGUUCUAUCGCGGUUACCGUAAUACAAAGUAUGAUACAAUUUUACGAGCUGUGUUUCUACACUGUGCAUUUAUUCUUUACUUCGGAUCUUCAAAUAAAUAGCGACUCGCUGUACAGUCCAAAAUUAAAAUUAUCAUUGGCAAGAAUUAAAGAGAACUUAAUAAUUUGCGAGAACGAUACAGAGGAUAACAUUAAAUCGAACUCUGACAAAGUUCGACAACCGCAGCUCUCUUCGAUCGUAAAUUUGUCGCAACCAGAAAGACUUCACGGUUUGACUGAACGCAUCGUAGCAGUGGAGUCUUUGAUAUUUUUAGGGCAACAAUAUGAAGGCUUGAAACCGUAUCUAGAACAUCUUAUCGCGACCAGUCCCCAGCGUGGAUUUCUUCAUCAAUUUUAUAUGCAAACAAUAGCGUCGACAACGGAUUUAAGAAAGCCAGUAUAUAUGGCGGUCGCGUCGCAAGCAUUCGAUGUUGCAAACAUUUUAAUUUUAAUGAACAAGGUCAAUUGGGAGGUAACGGAUGUUAUGUCUCAACAUAGCGGUUACAUCGACGCGUUACUUCAAGAAAUAUUCAUCUUAAACGAAAGGCUGAAGAAUAUUGGAAACUGUCUUCCUUUGUCGGAUGAUGUAUAUAACGCUGUCUGGGAAAACGUUGCACAUCUGAUAACCCACACUCUGGUAGAAGGAUUCUCUAGCGCUAAAAAGUGUUCAAACGGAGGUAGAGCAUUGAUGCAACUCGAUUUCACGCAAUUGAAGUCGAAAUUCGAGACGUUAACUUGCUUGAGGCCGAUGCCGCAUAGAGAAUACGUCGAAUUAUAUAUCAAAGCAUAUUACCUUCCAGAAAAUAGUUUGGAGGAAUGGAUAAAAGAACAUAAGGAAUAUUCUGUCAAGCAUUUAAUUGGUUUGAUAUCUUCAGCGUGUCAGAAUAAUAAGAAAACUCGACAAAGAUUAAUAGCGCUUAUAGAAGAACAGCGCCCGAGUAGAUAGCAUCAGGAUAUACAUUACAGUACAUCUCAAGACUACGUCGAAAUAGGAAUUGCUUGAAACACGAAUUCUUAGAGAUAGCUAACACAAGAAGAGAAAUGUAUUUUUUCCGUGUAAAUAUUCGGAAAAAUGUUAUACCGCUGAAGUAAGUGGCCCGACUUAAUACCUCUUAUUUUCAUGACAAUUUUCUUUUUUAAUUCAUCUUGUUUAAUCGAUAUGCGUGUCUCGGAUCCAUCACAUGACUUCUAAUAGAUCUGUUGAAAAUUAGUUUGUAAAGGUUAAAGGAAUAUGUGAUAACAUUCGAAAUCUAGUAUUGCUGGGAUAUGCAUCGUUAAAUCUAAGUAACAUCGAAUAAUUAAGUGAAUCUCAUAAUUAUCGUUAGAUUUAUACGAUACUGUUAGUAAUCGUGUACACGCGUUGAUUUAUUGGAUGUUUACAUUCAGAAAUGAAUUCAACUUUAUUCAAAUAGUAGAUGACGAACACUAAUUCUGUGUAACAAGUAUCUGGUAAAUUUGCAUCGUGUAUGGGCCGCUUUACGUAUAAAAAUGAUAAAUACAAUCGUGUACUUUUCAAUCUGUAUAAUAGGAAACGUAUAAAAUUGUUUACAGUAUUAGCGAGAUUCUGAACGAAAGAUGCGUGAACUUUUAAUUGGAUCUGUUAACGGUAAUGUCUAUAUGUUUGACUCACGUUUUUUUAUACUCUAGUUUAAUAGUCGUCAACAUUGAAAGGUUAGGAGUUGCUAAAAAUUUCGUAAUAUUCGGUCAGCUACACGUUGAAAUCUUAUAAUUAGUGGCGGAUUAUUCAUUCACGGCACCUGAAGUGCAAGCAAAGUUUGGAAGACCCGUUUAAUAUUUUAAAAUAUUGAAAUUUGAAUGAAUAAAUAGAGCAAAGUUGUAAAUAUCGAAUAAUAAAGCUAAAAUAUAUAAAAAGUGUGUGCACGGUUUUAAUACACAGUUACCAGCGUGUCCAUUUAGAUUUGCAAAAUGAAAUAAUAAUUUUUGUUUAUUCACUCAUAGAAUAAUCUGCCAUUGCUUAUAUAUACGCAUGUGUGUAUGCGCACGUAUGCAUAAUAUGUAAAUGACAAACAAGGAUGAAAUUAUGUUGAAAUUAAAGAUUUGUACUUUUAAAAUAUACAUACAUAUACGUAAAUUAACACGAGCAGCUAAAUUUGUUUCUGCAAUUAACGGCUGGCGACCACUGCUUUAGUCGUUAUAGAAGCGGAGAUGUAAAUAUUUUACUUCGUAUUUGUUUUAUUUUUAUAGAUCUUUUCAUAUAUAUAUGAUUAUUUCCUAUAAAAAUAUCUUUUAAGUAUGUAUUAUUUAAAACUAUAACUUCUAUAAAAUAUGUCAAAGUUACGACUCGAUACUUUUUGUGGUUCGAAAUUUGUAGAUCAAACGAAAACCACACUCUGUCAUUCUUUUAAUUGGGUACUUGGAAAAAUUUUAUAAUGUAUUUUAAAAACGAUUUAUAAAUAUCAGGUGCAAUUACAAAUAUUUUGUUCAAAUAUAUAUCUUGCAUUUUGAAAAAAUGCUCUUAUAAUUUAAAGGUGUCUUUAUUAUACAAAUAAUAAUAAUAAUAUUAAUAAUAAUUUUAUAAUAAUAAUAUACAAGUACAUAUAUUAUUUCCAGGUUCAGCGGUUUCCAAUUUUGUAAAAAUUACCGUUAUUUAUCUAUAUAAUAUUUACUGUAGUAAAUUACACUUAUCGUAUUUUACUUGUACUGAGAACCAAAAAAUUCUAUUGCACCUUUAGUUGCUACUCGUAAAUAUGUUUUGAUGUUCAUAUUAACAAGGACAAACAUAGUUUUUUGUUAGCAAACAACUUUUUACAUCUGAAAAAUUGAUAUAAAACGAUAAUCGAUUAACGCUUAUAUCGUAUGAAGAUGACUAACCAUCUUCUAUUUGUAGAUUAAAAAGUAUUUUUGAUGUUUCAUAUGAUUUUUGUGAAAUGAAACAAACAAUUCUCUGAAAGCAAUUUUUCUAUAUGUAAAAAUGAGAUUUUCUAACUGUGGCUAUCGUUACGAUACAACUGAAAAAAAAAAUAUUUCUUCUAUUACUUUUUUUAUUAAUGUAAUUGAAUAGUAUUCAUCGAUGUCGGUGCAUUGAGAAUUCUCUGGCUAAUAGUAUAGAUCAGCGUUUCUCAAUCUUGAACUUUGUGGAUCGUUAUCAUUGACUAAGUAAAAUUUAUCGUUGGUAAAAAGACAAUUAUAUUUUCUAAAUCUACGUGUGAUCUCUCUGAAACGUUUAAUUAUGUAUGAAACACAGAUUCUUUAAAUCUUCGCCAAUUUCUAAAAAUUAAAAAUGAUCCAUGGAGUAAAUGUUGAGAAACCCUGAUAAUUUAUUGAAAUAACUGAUUCUCUUCCUUACUCCAAAGCGCUUUAUAUUGAGCCCUGCAUUUUGAAUGGCCCCUGUUAAAACAAAUUGUUGGAAAAUAUAGAGGAUAGUACAUAUAAACUGAACAAUGGACAUGGCGAUAUCAAAUGCUUACUUUGACAAUAAAUCUGUUUGACGAUGUUAUGUACUAAUAUUAUGUUAAGAUGUAUGCUAUAAUAUAAUAACAACUAUAAAAUUUGCAUACGUCUGCGUUUUCCUUCUUUCUUUCUUUCUUUCUUUUUUUUUUUUUUUAGUAAAAUCAAUAUCUUGAUUACAAAUGUUUUUGUUAUUUCACUCUAAAGAGAGAAGGAAUAAAUAUAUUGUUAUUACUAUGAAAUUCGCCUUCUCGUUAAAUAUAGAAUUACUAAAAUAUUAAUUGCAAAUAAUUUAAUUACCGCUUGUAAGACUUGUCUGAUCUCAGGCUUUGGAGAUUUCUUACUGUAAUACGUACUCUAUGGUUAUAUCCGCGUAAUAACAAACUGUUGUACGAUUUAUUAAAACUCAGUUACUCAAAGUGAUCAACACGAAUGAAAACCAGUUUUCCGUUAGUUUUUAAGUUAGUAAUUCUUAGUGACAAAUACAUCGAAUGUUAAAAGUUAUUUGCAAUUAUAAAGUAACACGUAAUUACACGUAUAUUAUUUUUCUAUAAUAGAAAAUUCCAAUCGAUGAAAUUCAUAUUUUCCCCAAUUUCGAUCCUCCGAAUUUUACUUCGGUCCAGAAUCUACUUAUCAUUUCGCGAUAUUCAAUCAUUUUUUUUUUUGUUUGUUUGUUUUUUAAUAACAAUAACUAGUUUCCAACAAAGCUACUCGUGUUACGAUUAUUCCGUCUCUUCAAAUACAAUUAAAACAAAGGAAAAACAAAAAUGACGCAACAUUAUAUACCUUUCGUAUGAACACAAAACUGAUGGUAACGAUGUAGUAUAAACAUGUAUAGCCAUAGAGCACUGUUCAGUACUAAUGAACACAUAUAGGAAUAGUACAUUACUUUUUUUUUCCAAAGCCUGUUCACGACCGUUAAACACGAGUUACGUAAUUGUUUUGCAAAUUAUUUUUCAUUAAACGUGACACUUAACGUUAAUGAUACAGAUGCCAAAAAAAUGAUUCUGACAAACUUAUGCGAUCCGUUAAAAUCUUAAUGCCUUAACGUAAUUGUGGAAUGCAAAUAAAAUGUCGAUAUAGCAACAGACUGAAAGGGUAACAUACCAUUGUUACUUCGUUUUAGUCAUAACGUGUAUUCUAGUUUUAUAAACGUAUGAAGUUCGUAAAAAACAGAAUUUUGAACGACGAUAAAAAUUUUUUCGUCGAAUUAGUAGUAGACGUUGUUAAAUACGUUUAUCAUUCUUAUCCUAUAGAUUAAUAUUUAAGAAGAAAAUAAAGUGAGACUCGCAAAAAACAUGUUCUGACUCUUUCCCUUGCAAUCUAAUUCUAGUUUCGCGUUAUCUGACCACUUAACUGGUAAACAAUAUUGGCAGAUUCAAUGCUGUUACGUUAUUAGUAACAUUGUUCCUACUUUCCUCUCCCGUUUUAUGUUUUGAGCUCAUAAUAAUAACAGAUUAGAAACGUUGUAUCAUAUUAAAUCCUAUGGUUUGCCAUUUGUGCGUACAGAACAACUCCAUCGGUAUGUGUACGUGUGGUUUCGUGCAUUUAAUGCACCCUAAUGAAAGUAAGUAGCAAAGAGCUAUACGUGGAAUUACGAGAAAUUUUUGAAGAAACAAAUCGACCGAUUGAAUUGGAAGACGAUCAAGAAAGAAAAAAAACUAAUGAAACUGUAAACAUACUUUUAAAGCAAUGGCUUAAUACAACAAGAAUUUAUCGAUGAAUAGUAUCUUGGUGCUAAAUGGAGCCAAUAAUGUAAGUGCUUUGAAUGUUUACUCACAUAUAUCGAUGAGAUUAUAUGUAUGAAUAUUACGUGAUACAUAUUACGUAGCGCUGACAAUAACCAAUGAAUAAUUAACCUCGUGUCUGCAUCUUAGGCAUGGCUCUUUAAAUUAGUCAUUGUUUAAGUGAUCGUUUUAAAUUGAGAAGAUAAUUUUGCAAAUGUAUUCCUUGAUACCAUAAACGGCUCAUCAUUUUUGUAUUCACUUACAAAUGGUAUCCCGUAAUGCGGUACACGCACGCAUAUACAUAUAUAUAAAUUAUAGUAAAAUGUUGAACAUGAUAAUCUAAUCGAUAAUAUUGUAAUAACUAUUUUCAUGGACUUCGAUAAACAGUUAGUAACAAAGUCUAUAUCUUUUGGUACUUGGAUAAAUUUCUAUUUAUAUAGUAUUAGUAUUACUGAAACGCAUAAUUCGAU